UGUUUUGAUCGCGAAUAUGAUCAAACAUUAGUCACUUACCACACAAAAUAGGAUAUUUAAGUACUCGCAAAAGUUUUGUGUCAGCUGUAACAACAACAACAAGUAACUCAAGGUUCUGCAUUGUAAAAAUUCUUCAAUUUACCUUUUUUUUCCAAAAUUAAUCAAAUCAGUCAGUAAUCAAUCGUCUUUCGGUAACAGCAGCUAAAACUGAGCCAUGCGUGGAUAAUUUCUGAAACAUAAACAAACAUUGAGUAAUUGGCACGUGUAUAAAUACAAGUUCCGUUCGAAAGUGAAAAAAAAACGAGUUACAAAUUUUAAUUAUUAUGUCGUCGUCGAGAAAACUCAUGAUGAUGGAACGUGAUCGCGACGAAGACGAAAUUGAAAUUUUACAUCCAGAUGGCUCGUAUAGCACGUCGUACAAUCCGUAUGCCAUCACGGAUUAUUAUGGAGAAAAAGUUCACACAAUUCAUCUCAACGGAAUGUCAAGAAAACUCCUGAAAUUUUUGAUUCUCUUCGACAACACAUCUUUGUUGUAUUUCCCCGGGCAGUUUUUAUCUGGCAGAGUUUUGCUCGAAUUACAGGAUGAAACACCUGCAUUAGGUUUGCACUUUCAUGUCGUCGGCGAGGGAGUGGUUCGUUCCAAAUCUGUGCGUCAAGAACGCGUUUACGACAAAGAAAGUUACAUUGACUUUCGCAUGAAAUUGCUCGGCGAUGUCGAUCAAGGUUCAUUGUCUGUUUUGUCGCCGGGCAUUCAUAGUUUCCCCUUCAAAUUGGGACUUCCUCAUGGAUUGCCAUCAACUUUUCUCGGGCGUUACGGAUGGAUUCAAUAUUAUUGCAAAGCGGCGUUGCGCGAACCAAGCGGAUUGAUUCACAAAAAUCAUCAAGUUUUCAUCGUAAUGAAUCCCAUCGAUUUGCGACUCGAAUUAGGACUUGCGAGUCCCUUCAAAUGUCAAAUUAAACACAAAUUGGGAGUUGCGUGCUUCGAUUAUGGAACGAUCGAAUGCAAUAUUGUACUUGACAGAGCAGCGUAUGUGCCGGGAGAGAAUAUUUUGGUUUCAGGCACUGUUGCGAAUCGCAGUAGUAUUGCGUGUAAAAUGUCACGUGCCGUGUUAAUUGAGACAAUUCAAUAUUUUGCACGAGGAAAAGUCAUCAAGGUUGAAAAAAGAGAAUUAGCAGUUAAAACAAGACCCAAAAUUCGCCCUCAUUCGAUCGAUGAAUGGAUUGAAGAACCGUUAUUUGUACCGCCGUUGCCUCCAACUAAUUUAGCAGGAUGCCAUUUGAUGAAAAUUGACUAUGAUGUCUUCUUCAUCGUCACGCCAAAAUCCUUCGAAAAAGAGAUAAAACUGCAAAUUCCCAUCACAUUGGGUACAUAUCCCUUCGAUCAUCAAUCUAACGACACAGGAAGUGAAUUUCCCGAAUCGAUUCUCAAACCAGAGACUUAUUAUCCAUCAAACUUGCCAAUUAUUCGACCGUGGAUGCACGAAAUGAAAUCAGAUCCAUUCCAUUAACACAUUUUUUUUUACUCAAAAAAAGUGUGAUUUGGUGCUCUUCUUAUCAAUGUGCCUUAAAACCUUAUUAAAUCUAAUAACUUUUUUUUUAUACAAAAACGAUACGUUAUCGAGUUAUUGUUGUUUGCUUUUCACAUGAUAUUGACAAAUAUUUGAAUUUUUUAUGAUAUUUUAAUCGAUAAGACGUAAAUUUAAAGGAAUUAUCUCUGCGCACCUAUUUUAUUAUCGAAAAAUUCGUGUGUAAUUUGAUGAAUUUUGUAUUUCUUGCCUUAUCAUUCCAAAGCGAAUAAUUUCCGUGAAUGAUUUGUGUGACAGAUAUUGGUUUUUCCCUGAAUUUGUUAACGUGAUUACUUACUAACAUCCCAUUUUACUGCCUUUCUGUAAGAUUUCACACUUUCCUUAAUAAUAUACUGAAAAGAAAUGUAGUACUAACAUUGCUGUGUUAAUUAUAAAAAAAAAUAUAAAAAUUAAUUAAAAAGAUGAAAAAAUUUAUAAAAAUUAUAAUA